GGGAGGCGGGGAAACAUGGCGCGGCUGGGCCCAACCUGGAGCCGGCUGGACCGGCAAGAGGAGCGCGAUGUGCGGGAGCUCGUGCGCCACGUGGCAGGCCUCCGGGAUGAGGCGGACCCCAAUUUCCAGCUCUGUCUGAACUUCGCCUGGUCCAACUUCAGAUUCCAUCGUUUCUUGGAUGUGAACAGUCACAAAGUAGAAAAGACGAUAGAAGGAAUUUAUGAAAAAUUCAUCAUUCAUUCCGAUCUCGGUAAAGCUGCUAGUUGGAAGAGAUUAACUGAGGAAUUUCUCAAUGCGUCACUUCCGAGCACAAAGGAGAGAAAGACAGAUGCGCACUACUCCAUCCUGUCCCUUCUUCUUUGCCUGUCUGAUUCUCCUUCAAACUGCAGUUAUGUGGAAACACCGAGAGAAAAAGAAGUGGAAAAGAAAGACGAUUUUGACUGGGGCAAAUACUUGAUGGAAGGUGAAGAGAUUGACCUUAGUCCAAAUGCAGACACACCGAACUGGUCUGAAGAAAGUGAGGACGAAGAUGAUCAGCAGCCCUUGAGCAGAGAGGACUCUGGGAUUCAGGUGGAUCGGACACCUUUAGAAGAGCAGGAUCAGCACAGAAAACCAGGGCCGCGUGCUGGCUGGAAAGCAGACGAGCCAGAUGCCCGCAGCUGGCUGGAGCAGCACGUGGUCCGUCAGUACUGGACAGUGCGCAACCCGAGGUUUCCUCACAGCCUGCAUUUGCACUCCAAUUUGGCUGCUGUCUGGGACCAACACUUGUACAGCAGUGACCCCUUGUACGUUCCAGAGGACAGAGUUUUUGUUACUGAGACACAGGUUAUCCGGGAAACACUGUGGUUACUCUCAGGAGUCAAAAAGCUCUUUAUCUUUCAGUUGAUAGAUGGGAAGGUAACCGUGAGGAACGAUAUUACAGUCACCCAUUUGACCCAUAGCUGUCUGCGGUCGGUGCUGGAGCAGAUGGCGGUUUACGGGCAGGUCGUGUUCCAGCUCCAGGAGUUCAUCGACGAGGUCAUGGGCCACGGCUCCGCGAGCUCGCUGCCUGGGAACGGGAAUGGCCACAAGAAGCUCACGGAAGCCCCCUUCCGAACCUACCAGGCUUUCAUGUGGGCCCUCUACAAAUACUUCAUUACUUUCAAAGAAGAACUCACAGAAAUUGAGAAGUGCAUCAUCAAUAAUGACACCACAGUAACUCUUGCCAUCGUGGUGGACAAGCUGUCGCCCCGACUGGGGCAGCUGAAGGUUCUGCACAGAGUCUUCAGCACCGGGAUAGCCGAGGUCCCGCCAGACACGCGGAACGUCGUUCGGGCGUCUCACCUGCUUAACACCCUGUACAAGGCCAUUCUCGAGUAUGACAACGUGGGGGAAGCCUCUGAGCAAACGGUCUCCCUGCUCUUCUCUCUCUGGGUGGAGACCGUGCGGCCCUACCUGCAGAUCGUGGACGAGUGGAUCGCGCAUGGCCACCUGGGCGACUGCGCGCGGGAGUUCAUCAUCCAGAGAAACAAAAAUGUUCCAGUAAAUCACAGAGACUUCUGGUACGCAACCUACACGCUCUACAGUGUAUCAGAAAAGACAGAAAACGAAGAGAAAAUGAGCGACAAUGCCAGCGCGAGCUCCGGCAGUGAGCAGGGGCCCUCCAGCCGGCAGCACACCAUGGUGUCCUUCCUCAGGCCCGUCCUGAAGCACAUCAUCAUGGCCGGCAAGUCCAUGCAGCUGCUGAAGCACCUGCGAGCCGGGGACGGCACUGCGGGCCGGGCCACGGCCAGAGAUGCAGAAAGAAAAAGCCUAUAUACCCUCUUUCUGGAGUCAGUACAGUCACGCCUUAGGCAUGGAGAAGAUGCCCCCGCACAGUCCCGCACGGAGCAGCUGGCAACCAAAGAAAACCUUAUUAAGAUGCAGUGCAUUGCUGAGAGGCACCCGGAACUGGACGACGUUCACGACCCGCUGCUGGCUGUCAACUUUGCCAGGUUGUAUUUGGAACAGAGUGACUUUCACGAGAAGUUUGCUGGUGGAGACAUCUGUGUGGAUAGGUCGUCAGAGUCUGUGACGUGCCAGACGUUCGAAUUGACGCUGAGAUCUUGCCUCUACCCCCACAUUGACAAGCAGUAUCUCGAAUGCUGCGGAAACCUCAUGCGGACGCUGAAGAAAGAUUACAGGUUGGUGGAGUACUUGCAGGCCAUGAGGAAUUUCUUCUUGAUGGAAGGUGGAGAUACCAUGUAUGACUUCUACACAUCGAUUUUUGAUAAAAUAAGAGAGAAGGAAACCUGGCAAAACGUGUCUUUUCUUAACGUCCAGCUCCAAGAGGCAGUAGGACAGCGUUAUCCCGAAGACAGUUCACGUCUCUCUAUAUCUUUUGAAAAUGUGGACACAGCUAAGAAGAAACUCCCCGUUCAUAUCCUAGAUGGUCUGACCCUGAGCUAUAAGGUCCCAUGGCCUGUGGACAUUGUUAUAAGCUCGGAAUGUCAAAAAAUUUACAACCAGGUGUUCCUUCUCUUACUACAGAUUAAGUGGGCAAAGUAUAGUCUGGAUGUGUUGCUAUUUGGUGAGCUAGCUGAGAAACCACACCUGCAGGAAGGACUCCAGUGCGGGCCACAGAGGAAACCAGUGCGACAGCAGAUUCACCGCAUGCUCCUCUUGCGAGUGAAGCUCAUGCACUUUGUGAACAGCCUACACAACUAUAUCAUGACCAGGAUCCUUCACAGUACAGGGCUGGAAUUUCAGCAUCAAAUCGAGGAAGCCAAGGACUUAGAUCAGUUGAUUAAAAUUCACUAUAGAUAUCUGUCGACCAUCCAUGAUCGAUGUCUGCUGAGAGAAAAGGUCAGCUUUGUGAAGGAAGCCAUCAUGAAGGUGUUGAACUUGGCGCUCAUGUUUGCGGAUGGUUGGCAGGCGGGGCUGGGGGCCUGGCAGAUGGAAUCUAUAGAGAAAAUGGAGUCCGAUUUUAAAAACUGCCACAUGUUUCUGGUCACCAUUUUAAACAAAGCCGUCUGUAGAGGGUCCUUUCCGCAUCUGGAGUCUCUAGCCCUGUCCCUCAUGGCCGGCAUGGAACAAACUUAGAUGUCCCCAUGGGAUACACACUUCGCACUUCACCUCCGCCCGUGUGUGGCUGCACCACGUGCAGCCGAGAAGUAGGAACCGUUUCAAAACUGUUGUCUACCCUCCAGACUCUGAGGCUUUUGGGUAGCGUGUGGGGUGGGGUGUACAAAAUGAUGUCCAUGAUGGAAACUGUACGUAGGUCGUUCACACUGACGUGUCCUAUUGUAAGCUGUGCAUUUAUGGUGUUGAUACCUUACAUGGGAAUUGUAUCAUUUUUGUACAUGGAAUUGUUAGUAUUAAAAAUAAAGCACUUUACAUACUUUUA